AUGUACACAGGCGCUGAUGUGCCAUUUAAUUUCACAGUCAACUUGUUCUACUCUGACUCGCUUAUUGAGAAGGAUAUUCAUGCUAUUCUCUGUGGGACCAUCAUCUCCCAGGCCAACAUCAAAGUGCUCGCCUGGAGGAUGUUCAGGCCUGGCGUGACCAUGGAGCAAGAGAGAGCACUGAAGGCGGAGCACGAUGCUAGAUAUGCCUGGGAAGCAAUCUUGGUUCCCUGGGCUUUUCAGGGUGACUUCAAGUUCCCUAUCGGCACAAUGUCGGACGCCAAAUUGUUCUACUUGCUCACUGAGAGGGAGCUCCUCACCAUUCCCCGCAAGCUGAUCUUGGGUACAGCGGAAGCCUUCGUCUCCCAAGCCGAUGUCGAGGCGCUCACCCGAAGGAAGAUUGUGGCUGGCUCCAACUCGACCACUGCGCCAAAGACACAAUUCCUUCGCUACGACAAUGCCCGCGAACCGCACGUGCGAUUCGUACGCGCUGAGCCGGCGCUGGGAAACCAACACCCGACGGGACCCUACAGGGUUCUGACCGAGCAGGAGAGAGCGCAGGCCAAAGCGCUGAAGGCGGCGCGCGAUGCCAAAAAUGCCUGGGAAGCGAGCCUUGUCCCCUGGACCUCUCGCGCUGACUUUAAUUUCCCUAUCGGCACGGUGGGCAUGCUCAAGUCGGACGCCAAAUCGUUCUAUUCGCUUACCGAGAAGGAGAUUCAAACUAUUCCCCGCAAGACCUUCGUCUCUAAAGCCGACGUCGAAGCGCUUGUCCGAAGGAAGAAAGCGGCUGGCGUGAGCAAGCCUAGGGUCAACUGGCGCCCUCCCUCCGAGUCGUCCGGGUUGAGACUCUUCAAGGCAACGGAAAACUCUAACGUCGAAGUGGUAGCGAUCCCAGUUUUCAUCCCCCCGGCGGUCGUCCAUACUCAUUAUCAGCUCGUCAACGUCCUGUACCAUUAUCUGUAA